AUGCCACCGAGGGUCAUAAUCCAAAGACCUGUAGUCUUCCCUUACAAAGACAACAAAAAGGUCCCAUGGAAUUAUGAUUGCAGUGUGAUGACGCCGAAAAAGGAGAGCCCGAUUGACGUUUUAAGAGGGGAUCAAGGCAAGGGAUCCUAUACACGUAGCGGGAGACGUUACGAUACGACGAAUGAAGAGGCACAACCCACAAAAGGAAAAGCCCAGAUGGUCGAGGAAAUGAAAGGAAAAACAACUAAACCUGUUAACGAGCCAGUUAACGAAGAAGAGGCCAAGGAGUUUUUAAAAUUCGUAAAGCAUAACGAAUACAGCGUGGUGGAACAGCUACGCAAACAACCAGCCCGCAUUUCAGUGCUGGCCUUGCUUCUGAGCUCGGAAGUCCAUCGUAGCACGCUAAUGAAGGUCUUGAAUGAAACGUAUGUUCCCAAUGAUAUCUCCGUUAACAAGUUAGACCGCUUGGUUAACAACAUCAGUGCCGAUAACUUCUUUAAUGACGAUGAGAUACCACUCGAGGGCAUGGGGUCGACUAAAACUUUGCAUAUCACCACACGCUGUAAAGGGUAUACGCUGCCUGGCGUACUAAUUGACAAUGGAUCCGCCUUGAACGUCCUGCCAUUGACCACGCUGAACAGAUUACCUAUAGACAGCUCUCACAUGAAGGAGUGCCAGAACAUCGUGAAGGCAUUCGAUGGCACGGAGAGAAAGGUUAUGGGCAGAAUCAAGGUACCCCUUCAGAUUGGGCCAAACACAUAUGAGGUGGAUUUCCUUGUAAUGGACAUCAAACCCUUAUAUAAUUGCUUAUUGGGGAGGCCCUGGAUACAUUCAGCUGGGGCAGUGCCUUCCUUGUUGCAUCAAAAAUUGAAGCUGGUGUCAGAGGGAAGGUUGAUAACGAUUAAGGCUGAAGAAGAUAUUAUUGCAACUGUGAGCAAUAAUGCACCCUACUUGGAGACAGAUGAUGAAGCAAUCGAAUACUUAUUUCGAUCUUUAGAAUUUGUUAAUGCGACAUUCAUCGCCGAGGGAAGCAAAAUUCCGGUGCCGAAAUUGUCCAAAACCAUGAGGAUGAGCCUCCAGCUGACAUUUGGAAAAGGGGCCCUACCCGGAAAAGGACUUGAGAGACAUCUACAAGGAAGAACUGAAACACCAAUGCUAAAAGACAAGAGAGAUUGCUUCGGCUUAGGAUUUAAGCCGGACGCGAAACAAAGGAGAAGGGAGCUGGAAAAGAAGCAGGAAAGAAGGAGAGCUAGAUUAACGGGGAAGGAAAUCAAGUGGGAACCAAUGAUAUUCCCCCAUAUAUCGAAAAUAUUUGUGUCCGGGGGAAUCAUUCAUCCCGAAAGAGACACAUCAAUGAUGGGUGCUAUAGAAAAAAGCCUGGAAAGUUUGGACAUCAACGUCAUGUACGAAGAGGAGACUGGAAGAGAAAGUUUAUCGGACAUUGGCCCUUACACACCUGGAAGUGUUCUGGACAACUGGACUGCGGAAGAGAUCCCUGUAGUUUUUAGAACGAAUACAGAGUAA